AUGCCACCACCACUCAACCACAACGUCAAGAAAAACAGACGACGACCAAAGAAGCCUGCCAAAGUUAUUCUACACACAAAUGAAGAAGUCCCGCUCCUAGUUGAGGUCAUCAUGGGAGGCCUUCUUGUUUGUAUUCUUGGACUUGUCCUCAUGGUUUUCCUGUUUAUGUUGGAGUGUGAGCGAGAACAUAGAUUCGGUCCCUUGAAGGAGCUCUUAUCUUCUCUGUUUAUCUUCUUUUCAGAGCCAGAAAAUAUCGUCUUGACCAAGUUGUUUGGUAAGUUGAUAACGUCACCUCAAAGACGAUGACUGAUGACAAGUACUGACUAUGAUUUUGGAUUACAGUUGCAUUUGGUACUUUCUUCCUCGGAUGUUCUAUCUUGGAGUUACCAUACGAGCUCUUCUGCUCUGUGGGAUGGAAUCAAUUUCCUCGCAUCGGUAUAACUAAUCUCACGGCGACCUCAGAUUUGAGAUCCUCGCGCAAGAACUCGAAAGAGGAUCCCAACGGCGUAAGGACUUUACGUCCUGCAAGAUUAAUGACCAUCUCAGUUCCUGCUCUUGGUAUUUCAGUCUUUGCCUUUGGUCUUUGUGCUCUUGGUGCACCUUGCUUGACGAACCCUCAAGUGCCUCUCUCGUACCUGUUCAUUUGGGCUUCUUUUGGUAGGUACCCGUUUCUUAUGACUGUAUGUUCAAUGAAAUGACCUAGUUUCCAUAGCGAUCUCGUACAUCUAUCGUGUAAUCAUCGAUCUUAUUAAUGUUCCCCCCGGCGAUAUCAUUCAACCACAAAACGAGCCCGUGCAAUUCGAGGGCGAUACCAACCGAUACGCGAACAAGAGCCGUCCUGGAAACCCAUUAUCUUCCUCUGCUCAGCACCUUGCAAGUCUUUCAAAGCGCCUGGAUCAGCUCAAGAUGAAACUUAAAAACGAUCUUGAGAAGGGAAAGGAGUCUGAGAUAAACCCCUUCACCAACUUAGCGGAAUGUGCAAAGCAGGUCAUCGGGAACCUCAACGACACUACUGAAAAGGAACCGGAAAUCAAGAUGGAAGCGUACGAUUGUGUCUUGCGACAAUGGCGACCCUCAUUCCCAAGCGAGGCUCCUGGUCGUCCCAGCCGUCACAGUCGUCGAGAACGAAUCCACGUAUUAGAGACCCAGAACUCGCUCCUCAAAGAAAAGAUCAAGAGACUCGAAAAGGCGAAUAAGGAAUUGAAAGAGGCUAUCGUCAAGAAGGAGAAGGACCACGCUCAUAUGUCUCUGCUCGUGGAGACGUUCUUCCAGGAAAGUAGUUUCGAUAAGUCUGCUGCUGAGGAGGGCGAGUAUACUUCGGAUGCGAUUGCUACGCCGCCUUCAACUGAUCAAUCUGUGGAGGAGACGUAG